AAUUUGAACAUCGAAGGAGCGUGAUGGGUAGCUAGUCAAGAGUAGAGAGUGAAGAACAUCGGCCUUUGUCCGCUAUUUAGCGUUUGUUUUAAACACCACCACUUUUUCACCAUUUUACGGCGACUUGCGCGAGUUAAGCGAUCGUUUGAUUUGAAUUUUGUUGAUCAGAUCAAUCGCAAGUGUCCUAAAGUUAAUGGAGGCGAAAAAUUAGUCGAAAAUUGCAACUGCGAAGAAAAAGUCGCAAAAGGAAGUAAGAGGUCUUUUUCAUCACGGCUAGCAAAUUGUGAAGAAAAAGUGGAAGCGCUCACGUAAAGGAAAAGUUGGCUCGUGUGAGAGUGUACUAGUGUCAGUGAUCUCUCUCUCUCUCCAACGUAUCACUUUAUUGUGCUAGUGUUUGUGGCAUUCAGCCGUUAGUUCGAUUGUAUUCGGCUUGAUUGAAACGGAUCGGUGAUUCCCUACUCAAAUCGGAUGCAUUCAUCUUGAAUCCAGGAGAUAUUUGCUCGUUUCACCAGUUGAAAGGAAAACAGCUGACUUUGAUAUUCUGGGUUAAUAUCAAAAAGUCGUAGUAGGGAUAUUUUUCGUUGGUGGAUCUGUGGCACGAUCUGCUUACAAAAUUGACGGGUUUAUCUCAAAACGUGCGUCUAUCAAGAGGCCUUUCCGUUUCGUAUUUGUAGUUGUGUGCAAUCCCAAAGGGAAAAGUACCGAGUGCAAGCAGAAAGGGUGAAGUAUAUUCUACGAGAAAAAGCAACAAGCAACCAACAAUGGUGGAAAGGAUUCUGGAAGAAACAUCUGAUGCGAAUAUAGAUUCGCGAAAUUCUGAGGUUGCCCGUUACAGCAGCGAGGAAAUAUCGGGAAAUGAGUCGAACGAGGCACGGCUGAUGACUGAAGCAGAGCGCCAGGCCGAUUUCAAUCGCCAUAAGGAGGAGAUGAAACGCAAACGACGCAGGAAGAAACGAGCAAGUUCGUCGAUGCAAUCGUCAUGCUUCCAAGAAUUGUACAAACUGACUGGAGAAGUACUCGGUGAAGGUGCGUAUGCCUCGGUACAAACGUGCAUAAACAUCUACACGGAGCUAGAGUAUGCGGUAAAGAUUAUUGACAAGAUUCCAGGGCACGCGCGAGCUCGUGUUUUUCGCGAAGUUGAAACCUUCCACCAUUGCCAAGGCCACCCAAAUAUCUUGCAGUUAUUGGAAUUUUUCGAGGACGAGGAAAAGUUUUACCUAGUCUUUGAGAAGAUUAAUGGUGGUCCUUUACUGACACGCAUUCAAGAAAAUGUGUGUUUCUCGGAGUAUGAUGCUGCCCAAAUUAUCAAAGAAAUUGCUUCCGGUUUGGAUUUCUUACACAAAAAAGGCAUUGCCCAUCGCGAUCUCAAACCUGAAAAUAUUUUGUGCGUUUAUCCCGACAAGCUAUGCCCCAUCAAAAUAUGUGAUUUCGAUCUUGGCUCAGGAAUCAAAUUCACCACUAACAUUUCGUCACCAACAGCUACUCCUCAGCUAUUGACACCGGUUGGAAGUGCAGAAUUUAUGGCGCCGGAAGUGGUGGAUUUGUUUGUGGGAGAGUCAAACUACUACGACAAGCGUUGUGAUCUGUGGUCGUUAGGUGUGAUUGCUUAUAUCUUGCUCUGCGGUUAUCCUCCGUUUUCUGGUAACUGCGAACAGGAUUGUGGUUGGAAUAGAGGGGAAAACUGUCGUACUUGUCAGGAAUUAUUGUUUGAGUCAAUUCAAGAAGGUCGAUUUAGCUUUCCUGAGAACGAUUGGAUGGAUGUAAGUGAAGAGGCUAAAGACUUGAUUCGUGGAUUGCUGGUCAAGGAAGCACCCAAACGUCUAAGUGCUGGUGCGGUGCUGAAUCACCCAUGGAUCAAAAUUACUGACGAAGGUGACUACAUUGACGGUGUGAAUUCGGAUGCAAUCAAGGAAAAACAGCGUCGACGAGUACUAAAGACACCGGGCAUUAUCCGGCGUAAUCAAUCUGCACGAGAAUUAUCACAUUUUGCCGAAUCUGCAAUGGCAGUGAAGCGAGUCAUUUUGCAGCAUUUUUCUAUGCGAUAUGAUUAUAUGAACAAGGAACGUCCGAAUAUUUAUCAGCCAUCGGCAGUGAAACUUCAAGACGUAGCAAAAUCGUCGGAAAAUGAUGAAAACCACUGUGAGCAAACGUCCUUGAAAAUAUCUCCUGAUGAUAACUUACCUGCUAACGGAGAGCGAGAGAAAAAAUUACUGGAUUUAGCUUCUACCGAACAACAAAAUUGUCUUGUACCUUUUUCGCAAGCAAGUUUCAGCAAAAAUCAGGCAAAUAGUGGAAGCUACGAUGCGGAUGAUGAUGGAAGUUCCUUAACACCCUCUCCAUCUACGUCACCAUCAUCGGUGUCGUCUUCGUCUUUGAAAGAUGAUCAACAAUGUGAUACAUUGUUUAAGAGUAAUACAAAGAGUUCUUCGACAUCCAAUUUUAUGACCGAGGUUCCACCGAAUAAUAUAUCCCCAUCUCCGAUUGCCAUUGUCUCCAGCGUAACUACUGAAGCAUUUUCUUCCAAUAUUCCUUCUGUCAUCGUAAAACAUGGCAUAGACAACAAGGAAAACAAUUCUACUACCGUUGUUCAUCAACAACCAAAGCCUCUGGAAGUUAUAAAGGAACAGAACAGUUCUCCGUCCAUUACUUCUUGUUCAGUGAUAAUUCCACCAGAAAAAAAUUGGCGAUAUCGCUGUAAUGAUAAUGAUGCACAUAAAUUCAAGCAACCUUCUUCCAUCUUAGGUCCCAGUUACAAUAAUUCAGUAAAAGCUCGGUAUCACCAGCCGCAGCAAUAUCGCAAUUUCAGCUCCUAUCAUAACUACUACAGCAAUCAUCAUCAGAAUAACGGUAACCAGUAUCGCGCCAAUGGAAUUAACGGUGGGGUUUUUUGUGGUGCAGGAGGCGGCAAACCGUCCUAUUAUCAUCGUCAGCUCAAGAGCAAUAAAGAAACGGGUAGUAUCGAGAUUCGCUUGCAACAUCCACAGCAGCAAUCGUGGCGAAGUCGUCGUAACAACAAUCAUAAUGAUGAUGAUGACGAGUUCGUCGAUGGAUCACCUUUUCGCCAUAUUAACGGAUACGUUAGCAACAAACAUGCUCGGCUCAAAUCAGCCAUAUCAGAUGAACCGAGUUACAUUCAUGGCACUUUUCCCAACAAUCCUAAUCACCAUCAGUACAAUCGUGGAGGAGUUAACAUCAGUCGGGUCAACGCCGACGGCCACUACAAUCCGCAACAGCAAAAGCAUGUUAGUAAGAAGUUAGUCUCAGAAAUAAGAACUGGGAGGAUUGAUGAUAGUUGCGCUAACGGCGUUGGGCAAGUAGUUAUAGUAUCAGUGGAAGAAGCACGGCGCAAGCCUACACAAAAUAGAAAUACUUUGAACUGUGAUCCAAUAACAAAUAAUACUACUAAUAAGCAUAAGCAUUAUCUUACGAACUCAAAUACAAUUGUUACCGCGCUAAAGCGAGAGACAAUGAACGGUUAUCAAUCGAUGAUCGGGACAAUUGGUCAUUUACGCAUUAGCGAUAUGUACGAUGAGUAUGGCAGCAAGGGAAACAAUACGAACGGUUUGACAGUGGGUCUCUCGCCUCCGAAUGAGUCUCUACUAAUGCAGCGAAGACUCUCGCUCAAAUCGCGUAGCAUUUGCAGUUCAGCGGCAGCACCGCUGGAUUCUGCACUAGAAAAGCAACCACAACAUCACGAUUAUCAACAUUAUCAUCAUCAAUCUCCGCAGCAGCGCCGCAAAUAUAAUCAGCAGCAACAAGAUUGCCAAACGCCAAAAACUAUAAUCACAACAACAAGUGGUUGAAUUGGAGCAGUCAGCGAAGAAUAAUCAAGUCCUGUUUUUAUUCAUUUUUAUGAAAAUUAUCUUUGUUUUUUUUUUCAUUUUCUGCACAACACUCUUUGUCAUUACGAACGAUACUAUAUAACCCCGUUAAGCAUGGGAUUGACACGCGACUGCAUAGCUCUGAGCUACUACUAUCCGACGCGAUUCAUUUAUGCAUCUUUGAAAAUGUAAACUUUACUUUUAUCAUUUUUAAAUAUCUUUAAUUAUAAAGGUAGUACUGUUUUGAGAAAAAAUAUCUGUCAAAGAAAAUUGUUUAGAAUUAGCACUCAAUCUCGCUAGAUAGCUUACAUAUGAUCGCAAAAGAGAAGAACAAUAAAAGGAUAUAUUUUGUAACAAUUGCAAAUUGGAGUUCAGGUGUACUCAGGCAAGGUACAGGUAAUGAAAAGACAAAUUAUUUUACAUCACAUUUUAAUGUUUGCCAUAUUUGGUUUCAACCGAAGAAUUAUAGAGCUGAGAUGCAAUUAACAGCCAUUAUUCAUGUUGUGGGUAAUUAUCAACAAUGUUUCUCUUUGAUAAGCUUGGACAAAAGAGUUAAAAGAGGCAAAAAAUCGGUUGUUCAUAGAAUGAUUUAGAAUGAAAAAAUUUAAAAAUGAUGAAUCGAUAAUGAUUUUAAUGGGUCCUCAAAUGCUUAUCUUAAAAUCGAACCGAUUAUGAAAAUUUGCUACAAUGCAUCAAACAAUCAUAUUAAAGUAUGCAUUCAGUGCAGUGCCCUCUAACUAUGCAGUGUUGAAUUAAUUGUCUAUUUUGUUUUUUUUUUUUUUUUUUUUCAAGAAAGAAGGAAUGGCAUAGUAGU